AGGUAGGGAGGGAGGAAGGGAUGGAGAAGGUGAAGAUGAUAAGCCCAUUUAGACUCUCCUCUCUUCUUCGUCUCGAGAAAGACCCGAAAUUGGCUCUCCAGUUAUUCCGAAACCCUAACCCUGACAUCUCUCAGAAACUCUUCCGUUACAGCCUUCUUUCCUACGAUCUCAUCAUCUCCAAGCUCGGCCGUGCAAAAAUGUUCGAUGAAAUGGAGGAAAUCCUCGACCAGAUGAAAGAUGAGAAUCGGUUCUCUCCCAAAGAGGUUAUCCUCUGCAACGUCAUCACCUUCUACGGUCGUUCUCGCUCGUACGAGCAAGUUCUGCGAACCUACGAUCGUAUCUCCUCCUUUCGCUGCCAGAGAACGGUGAGGUCGUUGAAUUCUCUUCUCAAUGCACUCUUAAACUGUAGAAGACUUGAUAAGAUACGAGAAAUUUACUUGGAUAUUGAUCAAUACUCAUCUCCUGAUGCCUGUACGUAUAAUAUCCUUAUCAAUGCGGCUUGUAUGAGUAAUUCCUUGGAUGUUGCAUGGGAAUUGUUCGACGAAAUGCGGCGAAAGGGUAUUCAACCAAAUGUAGUUACUUUUGGAACUUUGAUUUCUGCCCUUUGCGAAAGUUCGAAGUUGGAUGACGCUUUUAGAUUGAAGGAAGACAUGCAGAGACUCUUCCAUGUAAAACCUAAUGCCUUCAUCUACGUUUCGUUGAUCAAAGGCCUUUGCAAGGCUAAUGAGUUGAACUUGGCUUUUAAGCUUAAAGAAGAGAUGUUGGUGGACAAUACACUUGGGAUGGAUUCGGCUGUUUAUACGACUUUGAUCAGUGCACUCUUUCAGUCUGGUCGAAAAGGAGAGGUUUCUGGCGUUCUAGAGGAAAUGAGAGAGGCCGGAUGCAAGCCUGAUACAGUGACAUACAAUGCGAUGAUCUCUGGGUUUUGUAUGGAGAAGGAUUUCGAUUCCGCCUUUGGUGUGUUAGAUGAAAUGGUGGGGAAGGGCUGUAAGCCAGAUGCCAUUAGUUACAACAUUGUUAUUGCUUGUCUUUGUAAGGAUGGGAGAUUGAGGGAAGCGUGCGAUUUGUUUGAAGAUAUGCCAAGGCGAGGGUGUGCUCCUGAUGUUGUAUCUUACCGCACAAUUUUUUAUGGGCUCUGUGAAGGGAUGGAGUUUAAGGAAGCGAUAUCUAUUCUAGACGAGAUGGUGUUCAAAGGGUUUGUCCCUCAUAGUUCCAGCUUACAGAAGUUUGUAGAUAGAUUGUGUAGGGAAGGUGAUAUGGAUAUGUUAAUGUCUGUUUUGAAUAGCCUAGCAAAGGGAAAUGCCAUUAAUGUUGAUACAUGGAAGAUGGUGACCACCAUUGUUUGCAAGAAGACUGAGUUGUUCAACAGAUCUGAGCUUGUUGAUAUGUUAUUACUCUAAUGGACAA